AUGACUAGCGGGCUGCGAGCCUGUGGGCUUGAGGAGUCACAGACUUACGGGACUUGGAGCGCUUUUCCCUUGCGGGCUGCGGGCCUGCGGCUGCGGCUUGCUGAUGAAGUUGAAGUGGUAAUUGAUCCAAAAGACAUCGAACUUACAACGGCAAGAUCUGGGGGAGCUGGAGGGCAGAAUGUCAAUAAGGUGGAAACAGCUAUCGAUCUUUUCCAUAAGCCAACAGGAAUACGGAUCUUCUGUACUGAAGAAAGAACUCAACUUCAAAACAAAAAUCGUGCACUUCAGUUACUGAGAGCAAAGCUCUAUGGGAUUAAAGUACGGGAACAGCAAGAAGCAAUAAGAAACCAGAGAAAAUUGCAGGUUGGCACUGGUGCUCGUGCAGAAAAAAUAAGGACAUACAAUUACAAGGAUAAUAGAGUAACCGACCACCGGUUGAAGAUGAACUUUGAGCUCACGUCCUUUCUCUCUGGAAAUAUUGAGACAGCCGUUCAGGCAUGUGCAGCCAUGGAGCAGAGGGAACUCUUGGAGGAGCUGGCUCAGUCAAUUGGUGCACCUAAUGUUUGAAUGUUUGAUUGAUAUGCAGUUUUAUUUUCCAGCAAAGUUUGAGUCCUGGCACAAUCCAAAUCUAGGCUCUUGUCUAGCCUGCACUAAUCUUCAUCUCAGAAAAUGAUCACAGGAACAAGUGGUGACUGGUAUCCAUCUAUGAGCAUUCUCUUUUACCAAAAUUUCUUAGUGGGUGCCAUCUAACAGAGCAGCACUAUUUUUUGUAGCAUGGUUGUUGAUACUUAAUGCUGUAAAUGAAAAUCAAACUUCUCCCUUACUUCAAAUAAGGGUAUAAAAUGGUCACUUCAAACUGUAAUGUUGUUUUCUACAGCAGAAAUUCACUUUUUUGUUUUUAAUAUUGGAAAGCUUUGUAUAAUUUUUCAAUUUAUUUAUACGAAGUUCAAAGAAAAACACACUAGAUACCAUAUUUCUUUCUUA